CCGCAAUGGAACGAUAUUGCGGGGAAUCUAAAGAGUGGAUAUGCUAUAGUGUUAAUCCUUCGCUUCUUUCUUAUCAAAAUAGCGGCCGAACGUCGGACAGUGCCGCCAUAAGAAUGACUCGAAUCGGUAUUGAAAACCCUGCUCAACAUCUCCAGGAUACGAUAAACCUGCUCGCGAAAGCUACAGUACAUCAGGGAUAAAACCGAUGACCAAAUUACCUCCUAACCCUACACCCAACCCAACCCAAGGCACAAUAUGAACGGCCUCGAAAUAGACCCCUUCAUCGCCACACUACCCAAGGUUGAGCUCCAUGUCCACAUCGAGGGAACACUCACACCAGCGCUGAGAUGGAAGCUUGCCCAUAGAAACAAUGUCCCCCUCCGUUACCCCACCUACGAAGCCCUUCUCGACUCAUACAAGGUAACAUACAACCACCGCCGCGAGCUCAAUGGCGACAAUGGCGCCCCCACAUUCCUAGAAACCUACUACGAGGGCUGCCGAGUCCUCUGCACAGAAGACGAUUUCUAUGAGCUGGCCAUGUCAUACUUCGAAAAGGCAAGAAGCAUGAAUGUACGCUAUGUCGAGCCGUUCUUCGACACCCAGGCUCAUACUCCGCGCGGCAUCCCCGUUGAGGCGAUCAUGAAUGGAUUUCUCCGCGCUCAGCAUGACGGGGAAAAGCAGCUAGGAGUGGAGAGUAACUGGAUCUUCUGUCUUCUGCGCGACCAUCCGGUUGAGGAGGGUCUUGAGGCGCUUCGUGCUGCGUUGCCGUGGGCCCGGACAAAAGACGGGAAGGGCAAGGGAUUGUUCCAUGCAGUCGGACUGGCGAGCAACGAGUACGAUCGACCUCCCGGGCUCUUCGAAGAAGGGUUUCGGCUUGCGAAGGAGAUUGGUUUACAUGUGACUAUGCAUUGUGAUGUUGACCAAAAGGAUGUGGUUGAGCAUAUGCGCGAGGGAGUCUUCGACGUUUGUGCGGGUGCGGGCGCGGAUCGGAUCGAUCAUGGUCUUAACGCUAUUGAUUCUCCCGAGUUGAUAUCGGAAUUGAAAGCUAGGAAUAUCGGGCUGACGCUUUGUCCGCAUGCGUACCAUCGCAGACAGGCUACGGAGGUCCUUUUUCCUAAGAUUAGGAAGUUGUGGGAUGAGGGUGUUCGGUUCUGUAUUAAUAGUGAUGAUCCGACAUACAUGCAUGAUGUUUGGAUUGAUGGGAAUAUGAUGAAGGCGUACAGGUAUUGCGGUUUUACUAAAUCGGAUAUGGGCAAACUGGUGCGGAAUGCGGUUGAGAUGAGCUGGGCUGACGAGGACACGAAGAGGAAGAUCUUGGGGGAAUUGAAAAGUGUACUGGCUGCUGAGAAUAAUCAGUAG